AGAUUUUCAAAUUUGAAAUAUUUCUCAUGAUUUUGAUGAUUAACCAAGCAACAAUUGAGUUUUGUGACGUGUGUUGAUUUAUAAUUUAAGUCGAUUAAUUAAAUUGCUCCAAAUUAAAGUUAAAAUUUUUGAGUUCAGGAUCAAGUAUAUGAUAAGUAGAAAUGAAUCGUUGGCCUAGUAUUACAUAUUUUAAGCUUACCGAAGCCUUGAUGGCCCGACGACUGGCCAGUAGUAGUUGCGACUCGAAGGAUUCCGGCAAAGAGAAAUCCUGCAAGCAAAAGGAAAAAGAACAGCAGCAAGAGAGUAGUAAGAACAAAAAAGAGAAUUCUAAGAAAAAGAAUAUUUGUGGUCGUGAUGUCCUUAGUACAGCUCCACGCUGUAAGGAUGGUAAAUUUCCAGGAGGCGGCCAAGCUGACAAAGGCUCUAAGAAAAAGCCCGUCGAGAAGGACCAAAAGAAAAAUGGCAGCAGCAAAAGCGGUGGCUGGUUUGGAAAGAAGUAAAGCCAAGACAGAAUACUUCACAGGCAGACUUCUCUAUAUAAGUGAUUGAUCUGAUCCUUACAAAAUUCAUAAUAAAUAUAUAUAUACAUAUAUGCAUGCAAUUCA